GAGGCGGCCGCGCAGGAGCCCGAGGCUGCUGGCCACCAAGAGGAGCGCGGAGCCGCACGGGCGUCCCGGGUCCCCGGCGGAGUGCGGUGACCAUCUAGAGCCGGGUGCGUCUCCAAGACCAGGACCCGCCUCCGUUGAAUCGCCCCGCGUCCCGGCCCACCCGGAGACUGGUGAUUUGCUAACGCACUCCGUGGAUCCGAACGUGGCUUGGCUCCGAGCACGCCCGGCGACCUGUAGGACUCCAGCCCUGGCCACUGUCGCCGCUCGCGCGCUCGGAGGACUCGGCUGGGUAGGGGCGCGCGGGGCUCGCUGUGUGCCACCGGUCGGCCGGAGGUCGCUUUGGAGGUGGGCCGGUGGAGAGGCGGUUUGGGAUUUUCUGUAAAGCAUGGAGGAGAAGGAUUCCAAGUCCAGCGAGACGGCGGCAGAGGCGCAGCGGCAGCCGGAACCCAGCCCCGGCGGCGGCUCGGGAGGCGGCAGCAGCCCGAGCGACUCGGACACCGGCCGCCGGCGUGCUCUGAUGCUGCCCGCGGUCCUGCAGGCGCCAGGCAACCACCAGCAUCCGCACCGCAUCACCAACUUCUUCAUCGAUAACAUCCUACGACCCGAGUUCGGCCGCCGAAAGGAUGCGGGGACUUGCUGUGCCGGCGCGGGCGGAGCCAGGGGAGGCGAAGGCGGCGCUGGCAGUACAGAGGGAGGCGGCGGCGCAGGCGGAGCCGAGCAGAUCCUGGGCGCCAGGGAGUCCCGACCGAACCCUGCGUGCGCACCCAGUGCCGGAGGGCCGCUCUCCGGUGCCGCCGGCGACCCUACGGCCGAUGGAGAAGGCGGCUCCAAGACGCUGUCGCUGCACGGUGGGGCUAAAAAACCCGGAGACCCGGGGGGUUCCUUGGAUGGAGCGCUCAAGGCCCGGGGCUUGGGCGGCGGUGACCUGUCGGUGAGCUCCGACUCGGACAGCUCUCAAGCCAGCGCCACCCUGGGCGCGCAGCCCAUGCUCUGGCCGGCUUGGGUCUACUGCACACGUUACUCUGACCGGCCUUCUUCAGGUCCCAGGUCUCGAAAACCAAAGAAGAAGAACCCGAACAAAGAGGACAAGAGGCCGCGCACCGCCUUCACUGCUGAGCAGCUGCAGAGGCUCAAAGCUGAGUUCCAGACCAACAGGUACCUGACGGAGCAGAGGCGCCAAAGUCUUGCGCAGGAGCUCAGCCUCAACGAGUCCCAGAUCAAGAUCUGGUUCCAGAACAAGCGGGCCAAAAUCAAGAAAGCCACGGGCAACAAGAACACUUUGGCGGUGCACCUCAUGGCGCAGGGCCUGUACAACCAUUCCACCACCGCCAAGGAGGGCAAGUCGGACAGCGAGUAGGGCGAGCAGGGCGGGCGGGCCGACCGGCCAGGUCUUAGGGCCGCGCAAAACAAUGCAAUAAUUUAAAAACCGUGAACAAAGGGCCAGUGUAUAAAGAUUAUACCAGCAUUAUCUGUGAAAAACCCGUGUAUUAGCUAUGGUUCUACAAUAAUCUAUGUACAUAUAAUUUACAGACGGUGUAAAAUCCAAAAAAACUGACUAUAAAAUAUUUUUGAGGUUUUUUUUGUGCUUAAGAGGUUAUGCUAAUUUGUUAUUAUUAUUUUUCUGCAAAGGGGGCUGUUUCUUUUCUUUUUCUUUUCCCCCUUGUUUAAUCUCCUAAGCUCCACUUUGGGACAUUGGACACCCUCCCCCCCCCGAGAGAAAAAAAUUAAAACAACUUGCUGAAGUCCAAAGAUUUUUCUUGCUGCAUUUCACAGGACUGUGAACCAAUAAAUAGCUCCUAUCUGGUCUGUGGGCUCUGCCGCUUGCUUUGUGCUGGCUCGGACAGCGCUGUAGGAAGCGCCAGCGUGGUGGUGGAGAGCUCUGGUGGGGAGAGAGGGCACAGUUCUUUUGCUGAGGUCUGAGGAAGUCCAUUCAGGCCAUCGAUCCUCCCAGCCCCUCUCCACUUCUGCCUCCUACUGCCUCACUUCCCAACCACCGCAGAGGCCCUUGCUGGCAGCCACCGAGUGUCUGCGUCUGUGUCUAUGACCCCUGUCCCCGCCACAGUCCCGUAGCGACUGCCAGCGCCAACUCUCCCGCCCCGCCGCUGUGGGCAGGCAGCGCUUGGGGCCUGGGGAACAGUGUACCCUGAAGGCUUGAAGGCUGCUAGAACAGCUCGCCCUGAUCCAAAAGCCCCGGCCGAGGUGGGUCUUGGGGCCUGGCAGAGCAAGUUGGCAUCGUCUUCCCUUUCCUUUUCUUCCUCUUUUUUCUUUUUCACUUAUUUUUGAAUGGUAAAUACAUGUUUGUGUACAUACUUGUGUAUGCAUGUGCACGCACACCCCAGGCCUGUGUGAAGCUGGGGUUCUGGAGCUCGAAGCUACCUUGACUUUCAAAGGAACUCGAAUCCUCCUGAAUCUAAAGGACAUGUGUAAAUAAUCAUUUCUUAUCACGUUUUGUCUUUUUUGUUUUUUUAAAGAAAAUAUACAUUUUAUUUUUGAAGGUGUGGUACUGUGUAAAUUAAAUAUAUUCAAUAUAUUCCUCACCAAGUACAUAUAUAUAUAAGCAAACACAUUAUAUAUAACUCCACAAUGUCUUCUGUUUAGUGUAUGGGAAAAAGGUGUCCAAAUGUCCACCUGGGGCCAGCACAGUGGCAAGGGUGUUCUCAGCUGAGCUGAGCGUCAGGCUGCCUGCUGAGGACUGAUGGUGGAUUUCUCUCUUUGCCUUAAACCUCUUUAUUUCACUGCGCCAACACUUUCUCUUUGUACAUAUUCGUGCCAACCUUCUGAAAAGGAAGCUAUAAAAACAGAAGUUGUAAUUUAAGAGUGUGAAUAACCAUCUUCUGCUUGGGGAUCGGUGAAACACAUGCCUUUUAGCAGGAAGCAAAUCUGUCCUUUUUUAAGUUUAUAAAAUGUGCAUUUUACAGUAUCAAAUAUUUAUAAUCUUAUUUGAAAUGGAUGAAUGUUCCCUACUUACAACUGUGGUUAUCAAAAUUGUGACCAUUCCAACCUGUGCAUUUUUGUGUGUUUAAAUUCCUGAAAGUUACACUAAAUAAAAAGAAACGACUCUUUAUUAUGAAA